AUGAGCUGGAAGCGCUUCGCAAAGGACCUGUACGAUGGACGCAUCGAACAGCUAUGCAUUCUUUCGGACUGCGAAAGAAUGACAAGUGAAGCAGAGGAGUUGGUCCAACUCUUCGCUGGAAGUCCCACUGCGAAUGAUGAUACUCUCAGUGGCAAGACGAAGCAGGAACGCUUCAACGAGCAGAGUUGCAAGAUUCUGCGAGAGCACCUGGAUGUGCUCUCUGACGGGACUCCUGCGGAAGAAGUAUCCCGACGCGACAGGGCUACUGUCGCGGGGUCAAGCAAGGUGCGCGACGCAUUGCUUGUAUUCGGUGCACGACUUCGCACCGAACUGCUUCUACAUGAUACUCCCGGGCUGUGGACGGGAAGAAGAAACGCGCACGGAAAUGAACCGCUGCGUGGUCGCAGCCGCUAG